UUCUUCCCUUCGAGUUUUCCCACUUAGUGACCACAGUAACGCUUUUUUCUAAUUGUGCUGGCUGGGAAAAUACUUUUGCAGAGUGGUGGGUGUAGCGUAAUUUUCACUUUUUGUUUGCCAUUUGAUGCUUUCUGACCGCUGCGAUCAGAUUAGGUGGCCGUGUGGAGGGGAGGGUUCAGAGCGCCGGGCGCUGCGUCACAUCCCUGCAACGACCAUACCAUUCCGAUGUGAUCAUCACGGUCCGCAAAGCCAGCAGAUUUUUCCGCUACAGAGAUGAGUCGACCUCAGAGGGCCCGGUGGACCCAGAGGGCACAGAUCGGCGGCGUCCCUCCAGUCGACAGCACCGUAUACCACACUUCAGCCAGCAUGGGCGUCCCGGUCCACCCCGUCUGCCUCCUCAGCGCGGCGCUGCUCCUCGUGACAGGUGCCGGCGCCACGCUGUUCAAGAGCGACCAGCUGUAUCCGACCUUUAGGAUUCUGGGCUCGCGCCAGUGUGUGCCUACCGACCUGGACAGCUCGUCCACGGCGCCGGCGGCGCCCAACUGCGCUCAGCUGGUCGUCCAAGAGUCCCAGCUGCCCAUCAAGUGUCAGGGGGGAGUUGCUGUUCUCGCUCUCUUCUAUAACUGCUACUCCAGCAGCAUGGGCUGGUUCGACUCUGAGACCGCUGUGAAUGGUCCUAAAGCACAAGACGACGGUCCGGGUCUCUUCCAAACGAUUAAGAACCACCAUCUAACGUUCAGCACUGAGCCAACGUGGGUGGCGGACAACGAGAAAAUGAUAGACGACUGUCAGUCGAACGUGCAGCAGGGUCUGACGCUGCGUCAGACGGCCGUCUACGCCUACACCUGCCUCAAGUGGUCGCUGUUUGCCGACUGUGACAGUCAGCAGGCGGAGGACGGUGAACUGGAUGCAGAGGGACAGCAGAGACGGGCCGACUUCUUCUACAGCGACUGUCCCCUCAGCGCGCGGACUCUGCAGGAACUCCUGGAGGCCAUCACCGGCCGCACUUUCAUGGACUGCGGACUGGACAGCCCAGCGGGGUAUGCUGCGACCAUUGAGAACAUGCGGUGCCUGCUGCACAACUUCCAGAACGGUGUUAAUAUGGACUACGACGCACUGAAGAGUGCCCUGAACAGUGCAUUUACGGAUACAAAUGCCCAGGAACCAAAAGCUCUGCUGGACGAGGUGGUGGCGAAGUGUGAGAGCAACCGGAAGACGGAGGACUUUGUCAAGUGCUGGGCGGAGGCCGGCGUCCUCAACUGUGUCUAUAAGGAGGCGAACGAGAUCGCAGCGGCACACCCAGAGCUGUGCAAGCUAAGCGCCUAAAGAGCUGGCUGAGGCUACCGAAAGCUGCAAGCUGACCACCUGAGGAGCUGCUUUAUCGACGGCCGACCGACAGGGACUGAACAACUGGACAUUGAACAAGGACUGGACACCGAACAAGCGUUGAUUGGGUGGUUUUGCAUCAAAGCCUGGAAUGAUGAUGAUGCACCAUUGCUGUUGGGUUGGGUCCGAUCAAACAUCAAGGAAAACUGUGGGUGUCCUGGCUUUUUUUUUUGCUGUCAGGCAGUUGUCCUAGAACUUUGGAGCUUUGUUUUGCGGCAUUAUUUAUUUUCACGUUGUGUUUUUGCUUUUCUUUCGAAUACAUGCACUA